AUGGUGAAUAUUGAAGAUAGCUCCUCUCUCCGUUCCGUUAGCGAUGACGAUUCCGUCGAUUUACUGAUGUCCGAUGGAUCAUCUGGGUUGGAGAUAGAUGAAACAGCAUAUAGUGGUGCAACACAACCACAUAUGUUUGAGCCAGAGACAGAUUCCAGCUCUGAUGAGAAUUCGGAGGCCGACCCCGAUGUUCUGACAUUACGGCUUGGAGGCAACAAAUGGUGUAGAUGUGGACAUUGCCAGAAAAUGUCCACCGAGACAGAAAGUAUUUGUUGUCAGGAGAUAGAGGAGGUCCAGACCUUGAUGAGCAAACACCCCAACAGAUUGGCAUGCAUCACAGAUCAUCCUGGCUUUGAAGUCAUUUGUUUAAACGUAUAUGUCCUUGAGACAGCAUACCUGACUUUUCGCCAGUAUCAUGGUCCAUUGCCAGAUAAUCAGAACAAGAAAAAUAGAUACAUUGCCUACAGACAAUUUGUGAGAUGGUGCUGGGGUUGGCUUGGUCGACAUGUGCGUGUGACACUUCCAGCUUGUGCCGUGUCUUCAAUUAGAAACACUUUCCCUGCACCUGAUGGACAAUAUAAUGGAUUUCAUUUUGAAUAA